AUGGCGAAGUCUCUCCUCCACGAAACCGUGAAGGACCUUCACAGCCUUCUUCAACUAACGGAAAAUACUCCCACAUUACACUUCGAGACCAUUCUACGACGAACCGUGUCCAAUGUCUUCACACUUCUAGAACUUACGAGACCGCCUCAUCAUCUUGACAUCUACACUUCUGUAUACGAGAGCCGCCUGUUUAUUUACUACACGCAAAGUUCUGCCCCCCAUGCUGAGAUCAACAAUCAGAACAUCUAUCUGUAUUUGCAAGGCGUGGCUGUGGAGCAAUCGGGGCAGUCUGUGUUCGAUCAACUACUCCAUAUCCUAGCAGAAUCUCAUAGUUCCCAAAGACCUCCAAGACUCCGGCAGUCAUUUUCGGUGGUAAUUUCUCGGUUUUCAGAUUUGGUUCGCUUCUUACUACAAUUGCAGGCAGAUACAGAAAACGAUCUUGUGGAUUUUCUAACAAGAUGCUUUGUUUACGAGCAUUCCUAUAUUUCGAGGUUGAACUCCCAAUUGCACGAGAAGAUCGCUUCGGAAAACGACACUCAGUUAAUGGUGCUGGCGUUGGACAGUUUCAUUAGGAAAUCCCUGAGUGAGCCAGCCUCAGAUGUGGAUUCAAUCUUCACGCAUGACCAUCCACCUUCAGAUUCUGCUUUGACAUUCGAGUGCCUGGACGAAUCAUUUUCAAGACUCUAUCAUGUUUUUCUACAGCUAGCGCUCUCCAAAUCGCUGGAUUCUUUCAGUCUGGAUGCAUUUUCAUAUGUAAAGGUUAUGGUGAAGUUUUUCAAAGUCACCUACGAAGUGGAUUUUUUUGAACAUGACUUCCAUGAGUUCCAGGAUUUGAAGUUGGAUCGAAUCUGUGACUUUUACGUGGGUUCAGAAACUUCUGAAGGGUUUGUUCCUUCCAAGUUCCGUGUUCUUGCAAAGAAUAUCAUCAAAGAGAUGUAUGAGACUUCUAGAUAUUAUAUCACUGCAGAACCUGACACAGAAGGACGUAUUGACUUAGAAGCAACCAAUGAAGAGACCGAAUACCCUCCUAAGUUUCUGAAUGAUGAUCUAAUCGAUCUUGCUUCACAUUUAGAUGAUCUUGUGUCCGUGUUGGCUGAUUUUGGACUUGGAUUUGAUCUUCAAUUUUCGAGAACCUUCCAGACAUUUGUUCGAUUUGUGGCCCAAGACUUUAGUGUAGAUGCUCUGUCUGAGGAUUUGCAGUUCAUCCUGGCUGUAAACGAAACCGUUGCGAUUAUUAUAAAUUACAAGAGCCAAGAUUCAGAUAUCGAAGGCGAUCUGAUUCGGAGCAUUAUCUAUGACCUCCUCGAAAUGCAAUCGAGACUCCUCUCUGACUUGCCUAAUCUGACUUUGUUAAUGAAAGCAGCAAGGGAGAAUAUUAAAGCUGAGGAUAUUCUCAAAAGACAGGUCUUACGUGUAUGGAACCACAAAAUGAUAAGUGUGCACCAGUUGGAAUCUAUCUACACCGAUAAGGUUGAAGAAAAAGCAGAACGCGACUUGAUGAAGAGGAAAUUGAGCAUAUGGUACAACAAAACUGUUCGUUUUGAGAAAGUGCAGCUGCAAGCAGCAUCGUAUAGUGUCAAGAAGACAAUGGCGAAAGUUCUUUCCCGUUUUUGGUUACAGAAGAUUAUUUUUGUCUCCAGUGCUACCGCUCAGGCAGAUAUGCAAAGUUUGAAGCACGUCUUCAAAUUAUGGAGAAAAAAGUAUGACCAUUUUCUCCAGAAGCGAAAGAAUGUUAUGGAUCUUACUGCAAUUCAUUUGCGGCGGCGUGUUUGGAGCCUUUGGACUACUAAAUAUCAGGACGUCGUCGCCCUUCACGACAUAUCGCUGGACUUUUUCCAAGAGGCUCGAAAGAGGAAGGACUAUCAGGUGGUGGGUAAUACUUUUGGAGCUUUUAAGAAGAAAUUUGAAAAAGUUCAAUUCACUUACACAAAUCAUUUCGACAAGGAAGAAUAUUCAAGAAAGCUUUCCAAGCUUGAAUCAAUUGAAUUUCAAGUAAAAACAGGAAAGUACUUAAGAAAUUGGAUUCAAAAGUUCAAGAAUGAAAAGUCGUUAAGAGAGAUAACCUCUCGCUCUCAAUACCACUACAAGGACAAGGUUCUAACGAUGUGGAUGAAAAAAUUUAAAUUGAGAAAACUCGGUCGUCUACUCGAGAAAAAAACUAACAAAAUCUUAUUAUCAACUUCGCUAAGUCUGUGGAAAGUCAUUACAGAUGAUAGAGUUAAAGCUGAUUCCUUUCAAGCAUAUGCUUUAAACCAGAAAGUCAUGCGAUUGUGGAGGCUUAAGCUCAUCGAAGCUAAGGGAAGGAGCAAAGUUGACCACAAUGUAAUGUCUGCUGUUUUUAAGAAGUGGAAGGUACAAGUACUGUUUACUAGGCGUCUAAGAGAUACUAAUUCUGAUCUCGCCAACGAAGUUAUUCAAGAAUGGAAUCACAAAACUAAUGUCAUCAGGAGUAAUGGUGAGAUUGCUGUCAAUGUCUUCAAUACUAAUUUGUUGAAGCAACAUCUUCGACAAUGGUACUCGAGAUAUCGAAUGGUUUUAGAACUGAAUUCCAUUGCUGAUCUCAACUUUCAGAGGAGGCAUUUAGAUAAACUUGCGAAGCUGUAUAAUGUUUUGUGUGCCAACGACCAGAAGGCUGACAAUUUUCUUGCAGGUCAAUUACCAUUCUCCCAAAGAAUCCUUCUUUCAGCUGUUAUAUCAAAAUGGGGUGAAAGUUAUUUGAGGAUGUUCAAUAAUCAUACCCAAAAGGCAGUAUGCUCGUUCGAAGAGCGAAUUCGAACUCCGGGUACACUUUCUGUUUUUUUGAAUCAUUGGAAAAGUAAAAAAACUUACAAUGAUCAAAAACGAAGGCAACUCGAAUAUUAUUGUCAGCACCAUUUAGACACUUCAGCUACAAAGAGAGCCAUUUUCACAAAUUGGAUUGAGCUUUCUCGGCGAAGGUUGAAUGAUACUGAGAGAAGUUCGGAAUUCUACAUCACUUUACUUUCUAAGAGGUUUUUGCUUAUUUGGUACGAAAAAUUUGUGACAAAAGUCGAUUACUUAGAUGAUGUUGGACAACACAUGAUAGAUCAAAAGGAUUAUUUGCGACUCGUUGAGUUCUUGCGGAAGUGGAACUUACGAUAUAUAAAGAAUGUCAGGCGCAACCAACAAACACGAGAAAUAUUCACUGAAAAAUGGCAGAAAGCACACAUGCGGUCGAUAUUUGAGAUCUGGUUACAUAAAAUGAGAGGCAGGUCUCCUGAUUCGAUGUACGAUUUCACGGAAGCAGAUACCACUUUUGGAAGCAACUACUCGCCCUUGGCUAAGAAGAAUCCUAAACUACCAUCUGGCUCAAGCAUUUUAGACAGCCAAAGUUAUCUUAGUACCCCAGUCAAGAAGCAAGUGAAAAGCCCUUCUACCCCAUUUACACGUGGUAAAGGACCAAGUCCAACAAGACUACAAGAAACUAAUCAGAGGAUGAAGUUUGAUCGAAUGGACGCUAUGAUUACUCGAUAUAGACUGGCAAAGGGUGCGUCUAAGAAUGACAUUUUGAGGCCCUCAACUGCAACCAAAUUAUCUCCUCCCUCUCGUCGACCAAAAGUACAGAUUCCGGAACGACCACCUGCGCCCUUGUUUGAAGGUAUCUCAAGAAGUACGUCGCCCAACGCCACAUCUUCUCCUUCAGCGACUCCUGGACCCAUCGAGCACACUAAUCCGACAUCAAUCUCCGAUGACUCGAUUUUGAAUACUGCAAAGAAAUUGCAUAGGAUCAGACCACUUGUCGUUCCUCCAGAUGAUGAUAUUGAAGACUUUCAAUAUUCGUCAACUAACCGUCUUAGAGAGCGACUUACGUCACAGAGCGCCGUAGCGGGUCAAACAAAUGUCUUUGGGAUCUUAUAG